GGAAAGCGGGGGAGAGAAUAGAGAUGGGAGAGGAAAAGGUGAAGAAUGAAGCGAUUGAGAUAAUGGGAGUGUUUCAAGUGCUUCCUCGUCUCGUUGUCUUCGAUCUCGAUUAUACCCUUUGGCCCUUUUAUUGUGAAUGCCGCUCCAAAAAUGAAAUGCCAUCUAUGUAUCCUCAGGCCAAAGGUAUCUUACAUGCCUUCAAGGACAAGGGAGUCGAUGUUGCUAUUGCCUCAAGAUCACCCACUCCAGAUAUUGCCAACGCUUUCCUUAACAAACUCGGGAUAAAAUCAAUGUUUGUAGCCCAGGAGAUAUUCUCCAGUUGGACGCAUAAGACGGAACACUUUCAGAAAAUCAAUCGAAAGACAACGGUGCCCUACAAUGAGAUGUUGUUUUUUGAUGAUGAAAAUCGGAAUAUACAAGCGGUUUCAAAAAUGGGUGUCACAAGCAUAUUGGUGGGCAAAGGGGUAAACUUAGGGGCUUUGAGGCAAGGACUCUCUGAAUUUGUUCAGAAAACUGCUUCAGUGGAAAAGAACAAAGAACGAUGGCGCAAAUUCUCAAGAGAAUCGGGUUCAUCCAAAAGUGAUACACAAUGACGAUUUAGCAGUCGCCACUCGCCAGCAUAAAAAGAAAGGUAAUUGUUGGGACGUCAGCUGCACUAGCAGUCAAGACUAUGGCCCAAUCCUGUAUCAAUUCAUCCUUAUCUGUUCUCAUUACAGGAUCAUUGUCCAAGUUUGUUGUGUUGAUACGAAUGUUAUUGUUGUAUGAAUAUUGGCACUUUGAACUUGUUCAAUAGACAGGUUUCCUAUGAUGUACAACACUGGGGAUAUUUUGAAAGCAUAUUCAUUCACCAUGAGAAGUAAAAAAUGCCAUGCAAGUCA